UUGAAAGCGAGCGUUUCUUCACAAAGAAAUCCCAACCUGGGAUGUCUGUUUAAGCCGCCAUUUCAAAGCCCAUCGAAGAUGGACACGGACACAGAAGAGAGAGUCUCAGAAACUUCCAAGGAUGACUCAGAGAAACAUGUAAUCCAACUCAAAUCCAGGGGUCGUGGGGCCAAAGGCCGUGGGCGAGGGGGACGUAUGAGUAGAGGUGGCAUGCGUGGUGGGCGGGGCAUGAUGAAAGGCUUUGGGCCACCAGGACCUGGAAGGGGUCGAGUAAAGGAUGGAGCCAUGAAUGGAUUUGGGCCCAUGAGAGGAAUGGGGAGGAUGCGUCCUUACCCUGACCUUAGAGGUCCUCGAGGUAGGGCUGGACCCAUGGGCAUGGGCCCUCCUCUUCCCCCUCCCCCACCUCCUCCUAUGCACCUCAGAGGCCCCUUUCCACCCAUGCCCAGGCAUGGACCCCCUCCACCCCCUCCUCCAGGUCAUCCUGGUUUCAGAGGGCGUCCGCCACACCCUCGAGGCCGUGGCAUGCCACCCCCUGGACCUCCGCGCCCCUUCCGCCCGCGAGGCCCACGAGGCUACCACAAUGGACCGGUCUCUCCUCCGCCUCACCCCCCACCUGGCAGAGGCCAGAGGUGGCCAGGCCCCCCUGGUGGCCGACGCUUUUAAUACAGCCUGCUCUAAAAACUAUAACUAAGCAGCUGUUAAUGUAGAAGGGGCCCUGUAGUCGUGCAGUGAAUGAAAUGCCCCCGAAUGAUGUGUUUAUAAAAAAAGAAAAAGAAAAAAAGUCUGAGUUAUCUUUUGAGUAUCUUAAGAAAUACUCUGUGCCGACAUGUUUGGUUGUUGGUAUUGUCCACUGGCAAAGAGAAAAAUGUGAAAAUGACUAAAGGGCAACUGAGGACGAAUUAAAAACGAUUUAUAACCGAAUAAUGUAAAGGGAUUCCCAAGUUCUGUUACCUAUAAAUACUGUUCGUAUUUUAAUAGAAGUUGUUAAAACGAGUUUGUUCUCCAAAAUUAAAUGUUCUGUGUUUCUUGUUACAGUCGCCCUGUGAGCCUUUUUCCUGACCCCUAAUGAAUAAAGUUUAACAAGUGGGGUGACACUGUAUUUCUGAAGGUGGGGGUAGAGGGGAAAAUUUUAAAAGGGAGGGGAAGGAGUGCACAGCAGCCCUCAAACACCACUGUUUAUUAGUUUGGUCCACCUUGGACCUCCCUAAUCUUUCCUCAUGCUACAUGGAAAUAGUUAUGUAUUCAUAACCUCACUAAACAGUGCACUAAUUAAUGUUUGACACGUUUUACAAGUCUUUAUCCAGCUUGUCGAGUAUUAAUGAGUAUUUAAUUUCAUAUUAUAUAUCUUUUAAUGUGCAGGUAUUUUAAGUUAUGAGUAUUGCUGUUUGGAACAUUCAUGUUUGUCUCCAGCAAUCUAUUGUGUGAUGACAAAAAGGCAUUAUAAAUGAAUAGCAUACUGAGAUAUAUAUAUAUAUAUAUAUAUACACACACACAUAUAUACCAGGUUUCUUAAUUAGCGCAAAUUCCAUUCAUAUUUGCUCCAGUUAAUGAUAAGAAGUUACUCUUUACUGUGUUUUUUUUAAGUGUUACUAUUUUAUAUUCAUUGUAAUUAACAUAACUUGUGAAACUGUGAAUGUGUUUUGAGAACCGUCAAGAGAUAGCCGUGAAAGAAAAAAAUAAUAAAACAACAAAAAAAUAAACUCAACUUCUUCUUUUUUUAUUUGUUCACAAACAAGUCUGAGAGUUGUUAUUACAGACUACAACGUCUCUGUGAAACAGAAUGAACUGCAUUGUAAGUGUGAGCUUACAUUUAUUUAUGUGAUACUUUAAAGUGAACAUUUGAUUCGUGUAAUUAAUAGUUUUGCUUUAGUUUUUACUAUCUGGAGGACCAGGAAAUCUUGAUGUUCACUUUAGAUCUCACUGAAUUCUGUAGACUGAGGGCUUAAAUAAAUUUAUGGCUUAAAAAAUGUAAAACUAAACUAUGAAUUGUACUUAUAGUAAAGGUUUAUGGCCUUGUAGCUACCAGUGUAAAACUGAUUGGAGGACACGGAGCCGCUCCACAUACAAGACAUCUCUCAGUUUAAAAUGAGUGGUAGCAUGUCUAAAAGGAGGACAUCAUCUGAACAGACACUCUGAUAUGACCAAGAAUUAUAACUUAUUUAUUCUGUUUCUAAAAGAUGCUGAGCCCGUUUCAAAGGGGACCGCUGGCUCAGAAAACCGCACUAUUCUAAAUUCGGACUUUUUUUUUGUUUGGGGUUUUUUUUUUCAGUCAAAUCUAUUUAAAAUUUUGUAUCUUAUCUCCUGUACUCUUGUAUAAUUUCAAAUCUAAUUAAUUGCUAGCAUGCAUGAAAUAGUUCCACCUUUUUAUAUUUAAUAAAAAUAAUAAUAACAAUAGAUGUGGGUUUACAAUGUGCACACAUUUGCUCAAAUUGGGGUAUAAUGACUUAAGAGGGUCUUCGGUUUUACAGUUUAUCCAUGGUGUGGUGAUUAAGGCCAGCUGAAUUUUUAAAGCUAAAAGCAAAGGUGUAACCAUCUGAAGAAAAUAAUUUUUCUAGAUAAACGAGGACUUUAUUCUGUGAAGCACACGUUGCUUGAAUAUAGGUACACGUGCAAGGAGAGGUGAUAAGUAAAUAGCCACAGCCAGGUGUUGCAUCCUGCCCCCUUUCUCUUCCUGUCUUUUUCCAUCUCUUCAACACUUUUGACUACAUUUUGCUACAUCAGCCUCUGCAGUCCCAGUUUCUCCCUUUAGUUGAUUAUAACAGACUGACUG